UCCCUGGCCCUCUGCCUCGACAUUGAUCGCUUUCCAUCUUCCUGCAAACCGACUCCAUCCCUUCCCUCGACCCCAAGUUUCGAAUCCCGGCCACGGCCGCCUCUGCUAUAUGUCUCUCCGGUCGCCAGGACCAAUGCUGGACGCGCUGGGGAAGAAGCCUGACGGGCCCGGGACGGCGGCGGCGGCAGUGAUGGAGGCCAAGGCGAAGGAGACCAAGGACGGGGUCGUGAAGGAGGUCAUACGGCUCGAGAGGGAGUCCGUCAUCCCCAUCCUCAAGCCCAAGCUCGCCAUGAAGCUCGCCUACCUCAUCGAGCAAGACAAGGACCGUGCCGAGUUUAUGAAGCUAUGUAAGAGGGUGGAGUACACCGUCCGUGCAUGGUAUCUCCUGCAAUUCGAAGAUCUAAUGCAAUUGUACGCGCUAUUCGAUCCUGUUUCUGGUGAGAAGAGUUUGGAGCAGCAGAGCCUGACACCCAAUGAGAUUGAAACUCUUGAACUCAACUUUUUGACUUAUCUAUUUCAGAUAAUGGAUAAGAGCAACUUCAAGUUGUUAUCUGAUGAAGAGAAUGAAGUAGCUCAUUCUGGACAGUAUCUUUUGAACCUUCCAAUCAAAGUUGAUGAAUCUAAGGUAGACAAGAAGUUGUUGACAAAGUACUUUAAAGAGCACCCUCAUGAUAAUCUACCAGCAUUCGUUGAUAAGUAUAUUGUCUUCCGUCGAGGCAUUGGAAUCGACCUGACAACAGAUUACUUCUUCAUGGAGAAAGUAGAUGUAAUCAUAUCACGAUUUUGGAGAUUCUUGCUCAAAGUCACAAUGAUUGAUAAACUGUUCUCCAAGAAGCGGCAAUUAAGGCCAAAAAAGGACACAAAGAAGACUGACGAAGUUAAUGAAGAAGAAGAAGCUGACCUCUUUGUUGAGCGCAUUCGCCUAGAAAAAAUGGAGCUGAGCAUAAAGAAUCUACUAAGACAGAUGACAAUUCAAGAGCCUACAUUUGAAAGGAUGAUCGUGGUAUAUAGGAGGGCUUGCAAAGAAACUAAGCCAGAUCGAGGAAUAUUUGUGAAGCAUUUCAAGAACAUUCCAAUGGCUGACAUGGAGUUAGUCUUGCCAGAGAAGAAGAACCCCAGUUUAACGCCUAUGGAUUGGGUCAAGUUUCUUAUUUCUGCUGUGCUUGGUUUGGUCACUCUAAUAGGUUCUCUUGAAAUGCCAAAGGCUGAUAUAUGGGUUGUGACAGCAAUAGUUUCUGGUUUGGUUGGAUACUGUGCUAAAAUCUACUUCACGUUUCAGGCAAAUAUGGUGACUUAUCAGAAUUUAAUUACCAAAUCAAUGUAUGAUAAGCAGCUUGAUAGUGGGAAAGGAACACUUCUGCACUUGUGCGAUGACGUUAUCCAGCAAGAAGUUAAAGAGAUCAUCGUAUCUUAUUAUAUUUUGAUGGAGCAAGGAAAGGCAACUAUACAAGAUCUUGAUUUACGCUGUGAACAGCUCAUCAAGGAAGAGUUUGGUGUCGAGUGCAAUUUCGAUGUCGUUGAUGCUGUCAAGAAGCUAGAGAAGCUUGGUAUUGUUUCUCGGGACUCGAUCGGGAGAAUCUUAUGUGUUCCACUGAAGCGGGCAAAUGAGAUUAUAGGGACUACCACUGAAGAAAUGGUGAUCCGUGCCCAGCAAGCCCCAGCUGGUCCUUAGGUUCUACAGUGUGCAAAGAAUGAUGUCCCCUUCUCUGAAGAUUUCGGAGGACUGUUGUGCUAUUAAUCCACGAAGGCAGUUUCUUCUUACAGCUGUUUUGUCAUGUAAUCUUAUAGUUGCCUCGUGUUAUUAUUUCGUUCAUUCAUCUGUUGUGUAAGUAAGAGCGAUCUAUUUCAGAUUUUUAUUUUCCCUGUGUAUAAAGUGUAAUAAGUGAUUUGCACGUCAACAUCCAGAUAUUUGUCAUUCUUGUUUGCUUC